AUGGCUAAAAUGGCAUUUCAACAUCAAGCCGGAACGGCAAUGGAAUGUCUUAGUAUUCCAAUAACUUUACAAAAAGAGGCCGGUGUUGAUGCUGAAGGUCGUGAAGUUAUGAAAUGUGGAUUUAAAAUUGGUGGUGGUAUAGAUCAAGACUAUCGUAAGAGUCCUCAGGGGUAUACGGAUAAUGGCAUAUAUGUAACUGAAGUGCACGAAGGAAGCCCAGCUGCUAAAGCCGGUUUGCGUAUGCAUGAUAAAAUUCUACAAUGUAAUGGGUAUGACUUUACAAUGGUAACUCAUAAAAAAGCAGUUAGUUAUAUAAAAAAACAUCCAGUAUUAAACCUUUUAGUGGCAAGAAAAGGUGUGACUUCAACAUAA